AUGUUAGGUUUUUUGUGGUCUUCUUCGAAGCCAAAGCCAGUAGACCCACAACCUUCUUCAAAGCCUACUUAUACUUCGGAUGAUGAAUGUAAGAAGCAAAGUUUAAAGACGGCAAGGCGAACUGCUUCUGAACCUAUACUCAUUACUCCAGACUUCAAUGAUAAUCCAUCGUCCGGGUACUCUUCAUCAGGAUCAAAAGACAAGUACAAGAAUGAUUUCCGCGACUCAGGAGGACUUCAGAGUCAAAGUGUACAAGAACUUGAGAAUUAUGCUGUGUAUAAGGCCGAGGAAACAACAAAUACUACUAAGAACUGCCUAAGGAUUGCUGAGGACAUCAGAGGGGAUGCUACGAAGACACUUGAAAUGUUGCAUCAUCAGGGUGACCAAAUUCAUAGGACACACGAGAUGGCUGCUGCGACUGAUAAAGAUUUGAGUAAGGGUGAGAAACUCUUAAAUGAUCUUGGUGGCAUGUUCUCGAAAACGUGGAAGCCAAAGAAGACUCGAGAUAUUACAGGGCCUUUAACCACGCCAGAUCAACCAUCCAAAAGAAGUGAAAACUACUUGGAGCAGAGGGACAAAUUGGGUAUACCUCCUGCAGCGGGGGGACGCACAGCUAGUAGGACACCUUCUGAACCAACAAAUGCCAUGAAGAAAGUAGAGUUGGAGAAGGAGAAGCAAGAUGAUGCCCUUUCAGAUUUAAGUAACAUCUUGGGUGAUUUGAAGGGCAUGGCAGCUGAUAUGGGAAGCGAACUUGACAGGCAAAACAAAUCUCUUGAUCAUCUCUCUGACGACAUGGAUGAGCUCAACUCUCGAGUUAAAGAUGCAAACCAGCGUACACGCCAUUUGCUUGGAAAGUGAAUGACUAUAAACCUUCUCAGAAAUUUCUUCAGCCACUAUCAGUCUUUCCUACAUUUUCAUUCUGAUGUGCAACAACAACAUUCUUUUUACAAUUUUCUU